GCACUUCUCUCUGUAGAGCCCAAAGGUCGAGCCAGUAGCAGUAGCCAACAGCCAUUCAUUUCAGUUUCAGUCGGCUCGGCGCUCGGCAGCCUGACGCUGUUUGGUGUCGCGGUUUGUCAGGAUUUGGGAAGCAGAGUGAGCUGAAGCUGAUCUCCAAAGGGUCGUCACGUGAUCGAUCAUUUGCCAACUAGAGGAGUGCAUUCAGCUCCUGCAAUAAUGUCGCUCCCGGGCGAUUUGUACUUUGAUGAGAGGAGCGUCGAGACAAGAUUUUUCUGCCCAGAGUUGGACCCUGUCACCUUAAAGGAAAGGGGCAAUAUUUAUUUCAAGACGGAACGGAAUUUGAAAGCCAUCGCCGCCUACACCAAGAGCAUCUGCAUGGCUCCUCCCGGCAGCAAAGAUCGAGGCAUCGCCUAUGCCAACCGUGGCGCCGUCCUCUUCAAGCUGAGCUUUUGCGAAGAGUGCAUCGAGGAUUGCAAGAACGCCCUGAAAAACGACUACCCAGAGAAACUUAAGUUCAAACUUUACUUCCGGAUGGCUGCGUGCCACAAUGCCCUCGGAAGGAAAGACCAAGCGGAGGCUUGCUUUAAGGACGCCCUGAAAAUUGGUUUUUCAGCAACUGAUAAGAAUGAGCCGCUUGAUUUUCUUCGCCUCCCAAAAAACGCCAAAAUCCGUGUGGCUCAUUACAGAGAGCCUCCUUCUCUGGCUCACUGCAAAAUUCCAUCCCCGCUGGGAGGCCUAUCACCAGAAAUUGUUUUCGAAGAAGGUGAUGCAGGAAAACCAUCUUCCUUCAAAGCCAAGGAGAAAUUUGAAACAGGCGAUACCCUCUUGAUUGAAGAGCCCACUCUGUAUGGCAUGGUCUCGUACGCUGCAACACGAGCAGACAUGAGGAUUUGGACAAAUUGCCACAAUUGUCUCAAAAUGUGCGUCAACAUGAAGCCGUGCACAUCUUGCUCAUGGGAAUGUUACUGCAGCGUCAAGUGCCAGCAUGAAGCUUGGAAAAAGUAUCAUAAAUUUGAAUGUGGACUCAAGCAGUUUGUCCUCUCUGAAGCCUUCAAGGACACAGGAAUGGAGUGCCCAAACAAAAUGGCUAAUGCUGACCUCGCAAUCAAGUUGUUGGCCUUUUUCGGACUGCAGAACUGCAUCGAUGCUCUGGAGGAAAAUGGCCAAUUGUCCGAAAACGCUGAUGUGCGCAUUAAGGACAUCUUCAAACAUGGUACUCUGCAAAACUAUCGCUACAUUCGCUACCCUUUGGAAUCAUUAGUAUUGGCGAUCAUGGCACAGGCGGUUUAUCCCUCUGAUUCCACUUCCAGCUUCAAACUUUUCAAUUUCUUGAACAAAAUUUUGCCCAUUUUAAUGCCCCGACUUAAUCAUGCCGACGAAUUGGUCCCCUUUCCAUAUAUUGACCAAUGGGUGGCUGAAGCUCAAUAUUUUGCAUACGGAUUUUAUCCGAAAAUUUCCACCAUCAGCCACUCGUGUGAACCGAACGCUGCCUGCUUUUUCUAUGGAAGAAAGGCAGCAGUUCGGGCUCUGCGCCCAAUUCCUCCUGGUGAGGAAAUCACUGUAGCUCACCUCGACGUUUGGGCAAAGAUCAUGGAUCUACAAGAUCGGCGAUCACAAUUGUUGAAAUUUAGGAAUCUUGACUGCAAGUGCCUUGCUUGUGUGGGAGAUUGGGAAUCUCUGUUUAUAGAAGUGGCCCGCGAGGAAUUGAGGAUUGAACAUCCAGAUCCUAGAAUUCCUCUGUUUGUAAAUUUCAUGGAAAACAUUGCUGAUGAUAUAAUUGAAGGCACAAAAGUUGUUCUUCCUGCUUUAACUCUCCUGAGAAACGAGCAACUGUGCAAGAAAAUCUUGUCGGUCUAUGACGAUUUGAAGAUAAACCGAGGGGAUCACAUUUAUGCGCAGGUUUACCAUAUGAUGCAAAUGUUCCUCAUGGCUGAGGUAAAAAAAAUUGAGGUGACUGAAAAUUUGAAAAUCAAAGGUGCCUUCCCCUUUGUGUCUGCUCGUGCUUAUCGAACCAACAUAUAUUGAAAUUCUCAUGUCAAUUGACAUGCUCAGAUUCAGUUUCAAGUUUCAACUUCCCUUAAACUGAGGAAAUUUCUGCAGAAACAGCUCUGUUCAUUUUACUACAUUGUAGAGGGCAAUAAUAUCAAAAAUAAAAAUAAAUGGAAUUCAGUGUAACUUAUGAAAUUGUAUUUU